AGGUAACUGGUCACUGUGUAAGGGUCAGAAAACUGAUACAGCAUUAUUUCUUUCAUAAAAUAUCAUUAUCUGGUCCAUCAUGCACUGCUAUAAUCUAUGACGGUUUCGUAGGGUCAUGGAUUAACAGUCAGUUGCUGAUACUAGGAAGUAAAAAAACCACAGGAAGAGCUAAAAAUGUUUUAAAGAAGAGCUGUAAGUACAUCAUUAAAAGAGAAGCACUAACAGAUACAAAUAAUGGCUGUUAAGAGUCACAUCUGUCUGCUGGGACUCAUCAUUCUCUGCUCACCAUUCACAGGUGUUACUGGAGAGACUCAUGUGUUCAGUAGUUCAGGUGAAGAUGUCGCUCUGCCCUGUAUUAAUGCUCUUUCUGACUGCACCUCAACUACAUGGACCUACUUCAAACAUAGAUCAUCAGGUGCAGUAGAACUGAUUGCUCUAGGAAUAAAGAAGAAUGACACAGAGAGAGCUGAGAGACUGAGUCUGGGGUCUGACUGCUCUCUGAACAUCUAUAAAACAACAAAAUAUGAUCAUGGACUAUACAUCUGCCAACAAUAUGUGAAUGAACACAGACAUGGAACUGAUGCACUGGUUUUACUACAUGUUCUUCAUGUUUCUCCAUCAUCCACACAGACUGAGAUGAGAUCAGGCAGCUCUGUGACUCUCAUCUGUCAGUUGUUUACAUAUGAAGACUCUUGUGAUGGUUUGUUCCGUUCUGAGGAUCUUCAGCUGUUCUGUGUGAAUCAGGCUGGUGUUAAUCUACAGACAGACCCCAGAUAUCAGAUAUUAUCACCAGGACAAUGUAUCAAGACUCUGACUACAAUACUCCUGAAUGAAGACAACAACACAGAGUUGAGAUGUUUGGUUAAAAUGAAGAAUGAGAUUAAGACCUCAGUCAGCUAUACGGUCAAGUUUAAGGCAUCAACUACAGCAACAAUCAAACAAACCUCUAAAAUAACUUCAAGUCCUACUGCAUCAUUACCUCCUGUCAGAAUCACCACCGCAAACCCUGAGAUAACAUCAGAAUCUGAAGACAUAACGCCUUGUGUGUCAUCCAUAGUGAUUCUAGUGGUUUUAGUGAUUAUUAAGAUCACAGCAUUCACUGCUCCUACUGUAAUUCUUCUUCAGAUCAUCUGUACAGGAAGAGCUGAAAACAGAAGAAGGACCCAGACCACCUAGAAUACACACUGAUAAAACACUCUCUUGGCAAAUAUUCUGAUGGCUUAAGCACAUUUUUUGUAACUAUUGACUAUUUUUUGCAAAUCUCUACACACAAGUAAGAAAACC